AUGAGAUUCAGUCUGGAGAAAUGUGCAACGGUAGAGGUGAAAAGGGGAAAAUUAGUGGAAGGCGAGAACAUCAGACUGGCAGAUGGACGAGAGAUGGCGAACAUGAAGGCGGAGGAUAGGUACAAAUAUCUUGGCAUACAGCAAACGUACGAAAUUAAACAACAAGAAAAUAAGAAAGCGGCAGAAACAGAACUCAUAAGAAGAACAAGAAAGAUAAUCAACUCACAAUUGUCCGCCAAAAACAAAAUAAACGCCAUCAACAUCUGGGCUAUACCCACAUUUACGUACACGGCUGGAAUACUUAAUUGGUCGAAAACAGAUUUGGAGAACUUGGACAGACGAAUAAGAACAACACUCACACAACAAGGCAUGCUACACCCAAACUCUGUGAUAGAGCGGCUCUACUUACCUCGAAAAGAAGGAGGACGCGGACUCAGCAGCCUGGAACAUACCUGCCUGAAAGAGGAAAAAAAAAUAACACAAUACUUUGAAAAAAACAACUUACCUCUCCAUCAAUGGAUAGCAGCACAGCGCCGAAUUGCCUCAACAUCCAGAAAUAUACAGGAAGAAGACCCUGCGGAAAAAUUAAGAAACAAAUGGAAAUCCAAAGCGCUGCAUGGCAGAUUUUUCAAUAGCCUUCAACAACCUGAGGUAGACAUGACAACCUCCAACACCUACCUCAAGCAAGGCUAUCUUUUCCCUCAAACGGAAGGAACACUCCAGGCCAUCCAAGACCAGGUUGUUCCAACAAGAACUUACCUGAAACACAUCUUGCAACAACAGGUGGAAACAACAAAGUGCAGGUUGUGUAACACCGCUGAGGAAACAGUCCAACACCUCACAUCAGGCUGCACAACAAUAGCGGGCACCAAAUAUCUCACCCGACAUGACAACAUGGGGAAAGUUGUGCAUCAACUAAUAUGCCUACAAAAAGAAUUAAUCCCGCAUUUUACACCACACCACGUAUACGCACCGCAAACAUUAAAAGAAAACCAGCAAUUUAAAAUAUACUGGCACUUAACAAUAAUAACCGACAGAAGGGUCGAACACAAUAGACCCGAUAUGGUAAUAUUCGAUAAGGUCAAUAAAACAGCAAUUAUCAUAGACUUUGCUGUGCCGCAGGACCAGAACUUAACGAAAACAUACACCGAAAAGAUAACAAAAUAUGAAGCGCUCGCACAACAAAUCCGGGAUAUGUGGAAGUUGAAGGAUGCGAGAAUAAUGCCGCUGAUAAUAUCUGCCAACGGUCUCGUCCACAGAAAAACCACCCAACAUCUACUUGAAUUGAAGCUGCCGCAAAACACGAUUAUGUGGAUGCAAAAGGCGGUUAUACUGGGAACGGUGAAUAUAAUAAGAAAAACUUUAUAUCCUCACUAG